AUGCCCUUCCGCAAGAUGGCUCGUCAUUUUGGCGACUCGCUAUCCCCGCAUCAAACCGUCCUCUCAUACCACGACAUUACAUUGACUUACGAGGACAUCCGUGCGUUAAAGAGCGAUUGGUUGACCGAUAACGCCGAGGGCGGAUCGCAUUGGUCGCUGCUCUUGGUGUCCGCGAUUGACGGAGUAGCCUUCCAUUAUGACUCGCUCGGCGGCGGCAACUAUCAGGAGGCCCGACUGGCCACGCAGAAAAUGUCGGAAAUACUCGGGCGCGGACCACUUCGCUUCCUCAACCUCGAAGACACACCCCAGCAGGAGAACGGCUCCGACUGUGGCGUUUUUGUUUGUAUCCUUAUGCGCCACCUUCUAGUGAAGCGCCUUCUCAGCGCCAACGCCCGCCAGAAGGUCAGCAUGAGUAUGGCGAAUAAGCUGAUCGACAGCCAAGGCGGACGCAAGGAGAUGCUCAAGAUCAUCGACAGCUUCCGGAAGGAAGGCGAGAGGAGGCGGUCGUAUGUCUAA